AUGGCCGCCAGGCACGCCGGUGAGGUGGUGCGAGAGGCGACGCUGGAGAGGCUAAGGACGGAGCGAGAGAGGAAGAAGCGCUCACGGGAGGCGAUCGGAGCGAACGAUGCGAUCGAUCCGUUCCGUCCCAGUCGCGCGAUUCUGACUGAGGGGAAACUCAUGAUAUGGGACGGCGCCGGCUGGACUGGAGGUUCCGUUGGCGCACCAUCAAAUGCGCUGAACGCCGGCGGCCAUCUGUGCGAAACUGUCGACAACACGCUGCUGGCAAAGCGGGCAAAGAAGGCCAAGGGCGGGCCGAAAGCCCCGUGGGAGCCCGGUUACAGGACUGCCGCCUUUGCCAUCGGGUGCACGCUACAUCGGUUGUACCUCGAAGGCCGAAAAAUAGUCGGCAUCAAAGAGCUUCAGGACGAGUCCGAAGCAUCUGGGCUCUCAAACCAGGGGAUCAAAAUCCGUGGCGACGCUGCAGGUGUGCAGAACAUGGCCGAUCCGACGGCGAGGUACCGCGGAGGGCGGGGCGGCGGUAGAAGAUUCGAAUACAACGGAUGGUCGUGCUUUGACUCUUCGUUCAUCAAGGCUCCACACGGCCACAACGUUCCACUAGCGAUGCGGUGGUCCAACCCGGUAAAAAUUAAGCUCACGGACGAGGGCGUGGAGUGGUGCGCGGAAUGGCACGCAGUGGCCCACCGGAGAGGGGACUGCGCAUGCGUCGCGUUCGAACGUAAUGCAGUGGAUGCGGCAAUCGAUAAUGGUCCGAAGGCGAGGUGGGAACGAGAAGUUUUGGAACCAUGGAAAAGGGAGCGAGAGAAGGGCGCAGCAAUUUCGGCUGCGCCGGGACGUGCCAGAGCCGCCGCUAGAAUGGAACAGCGCAGCGACGUUGGGUCCAUCGCAAUGACGCCCAUCCGCGCGCGCGUGGAUGAACAGACAUCUACGAGGCGAGGCGUCCGCACCGCGGACGAGUUCAGCUCCAUGUCUAUUACACAGCUGAAACACAUGUUGGAGCUCGCGCACAUCCAAAUCGCGGGGUGCUCUGAGAAGUCGGAACUAGUCGAGCUGGCGUUUCAGCACUGCGCGAGCGACACGGCGUUGGCCACCCCAGGAGGAAGAAGAAGCGACGAUGAAGUGAUAUGCAUCGAAGACAGCGACAACGACAACGACGACCAAAAAGGCUGCGAGGGAGUGGCAGAUCACGCGUUGGUCCCGGCGCGGGACGGAACUGCUUCCAGAAAUCUUGAAAACGUGUUACUCGGCCACGCGCCCCGACUACCGACGCUUCUUCCCGGCCAACGCUUUGGCGACGUGUACGACGUGGUCCUUGUCGUCGAUCAACGCGAGAACAUGGGCGGGCGAACAUCGCGGGUCAAGAUAAAUCGCGAUGUUGUCACGGAUCUGUGCUUGCAGCACGACAUACGCGCGUGCGUCAUGCAUAUGGAGAUCGGUGACGCCACAUGGGUGGCGAGGAAGAAGGACGCCGCGCGCGUCGGGCUGCUGGACGACGGGGAAGGGUGUGGGGAUUGCCACAUGUUGGACGCGAUAGUCGAGCGCAAACGGCUGGAUGACCUAUCCAACUCCAUCCGAGACUCGCGCUAUCCGGAGCAGAAGUAUCACCUGAAGAGCCUGGGGCUACGGGGGGUAUCCUACCUCGUGGAGGGCGACUUUCGACAUAUGGACCGUUUCGAUCGCAACGAGGCGAGCGGGAGGGCGGUGAAGUCCGCCACCGUUCAGACGGAGGCGCAAGAUGGCUUCGAAGUGAUCCGAACAUUCGACACCCACGAUACACUGCAGUUGUACGCCCGCAUGACUAGGGCCCUCGCCGACAUGUACGCGCACCUCACCCGCGACGACUCUUCUGAGGUCCUUUGCGAUGCGAGCACAGGCCCCAAUCAAGCCGCCGAUUGGGAUUUUGUCGUUCAGGAAGAAGUUGUACCAAGGCCUCCGACCCUCUGGGAGUUUAACCAGCGGAUGAAGCAUGCGAAGCAGCAGAAGCUGACCGUCAAGAACGUGUGGGGCUCAAUGCUAAUGCAGGUGAGCGGGCUCGGCGUCGAGAUCGCCACCGCCAUCAUCAGAAGGUAUCCCACGCCAGGUCAUCUCAGGCGGGCGUAUGAUCGCUGCAUGCCGGACUCCACCGCGGCGGCGAACCUUCUUGCUAUGCUGCCGUCCUCCAAGAGUCGGACCGUCGGAAACACGGUGAGCAGGGCGAUUUUCACGCAGCUCUUUGGCUGUGUGUUCACCCCGGCGAUAAAGUGA